UGAAUCAAGGUGAAUGGUAAUAGUUGUUAGAUGCUCGGUGGCGCAACAUGGCUCAGUUUGUCAUUUUCGUUUUCAUGCUCGUGACACUUGCUGUUUCAGCAAAAAACUUUUUUAGAGAGACGCCAAGUUGUUACCAGCCGCCGGCCAGGAAAGCUGACUUUGGGGUGAAAACCACAGCUCGUCCUCAUGAACUUCUGAACCUCGCUGUGCUGCCAAAGUCCUUCGACUGGAGGAACGUCAACGGCGUCAACUACGUCUCUACAACUCGGAACCAGCACAUCCCUCGGUACUGCGGCUCCUGCUGGGCUCAUGGCACCACCAGUGCAAUGGCAGAUCGUAUCAACAUUAAGCGGAAAGGAGUGUGGCCAUCUGCUUAUCUGUCCGUCCAACACGUGGUCAACUGCGCCGAUUCCGGCACCUGUCACGGCGGGGACCAGGGAGGCGUGUGGGAGUACGCGCACAAGUAUGGCAUCCCUGAUGAGACCUGCAACAACUACCAAGCCAUUGACCAAAAGUGCCGACCAUUCAAUGCAUGCGGGACUUGCACAACUUUCGGGAAGUGCAACCAUGUGCAGGACUACACUGUGUGGAAAGUCGGGGACUAUGGCGCCUUCAGUGGACGGGACAAUAUGAUGGCAGAAAUCUAUACUGGAGGACCAAUCAGCUGUGGAAUCAUGGCCACAGAGAAACUUGACGCGUACACCGGCGGUCUGUACUCGGAGUACGUCGAGACACCUGAAAUCAACCACGUUGUGUCAGUAGCAGGCUGGGUGAUAGAAAAUGGCACUGAAUACUGGAUUGUGCGCAACUCCUGGGGAGAGCCUUGGGGUGAGAAAGGCUGGCUCAAGAUUGUGACAAGCGCCUACAAAGGAGGAAGUGGAAGCAAGUACAAUCUAGCUUUGGAAGAAGACUGCAUGUAUGGAGAUGUGAUCGUACCUUCAACCUACUAGUAGAGUCGAGGACUGUAAUUACAUGUGACAUAAAUUAUACAUUAAUCCUAAUUAAGAUGCAUGGUGGUAUGAUUGUAACAUCUUGUCUUUUUAAAUGUAGUUUUGUCUAUAACUAAAAUGCCAGUGCUGAAUCGACUCAAGCUUUUGUUGUCUUUGGGCCACAUUAUUUAUUUUUUUUUUAAACUGGAGUUGUCAUGGUCGGGCUUCAAGCCAGUGAAAUAAAAUUGUGCAGUGUUCAACUUGA